AUGGAGGUCCACACGCCGAGCGCAAAAGGAGAGUACAUAGAGCAGCUGCUUCGAAAUUUUGCUGGCAAAAAGGGGAAGCUAAAGAGGAAGGAGGUGAUGAAUCAAAUGGAACACUACGUAGGGAUAUUAACAAAUGUAAAUUUGAAAAUAGUUCACAAUAAGAAUUACGAAGUGGUGCAUCUAGUUUUGGAGGUUCUACUGACAAAUGAGCUGCAUCUAGAACCCAUGAUUCUGGACAAGGUUUUGGCUUGCUUGAACCUGAAGCAGAUUCUGCAGAAGGAUGGCAAGGUGAAAAUUAAAAACAUUAACAACAUUUUGCUCCUCAUUAACCGGAAGAGCAGGAACAACUUGAACGCCGCCAAUCUGUUUAACCUGCUGUUCGACGCCGUGGCGCUGCUGCUGGAGGCCCUCUGCGCGGAGGACAUUUACAGCGUCGCCCGCCCGGUGGACUACACGCUCGGGGGGGGGCAGCGCCGGGAAGGGGAGGAAGAAGAGGCGGAGGAAGACGACGAGGAGGAGGAGGAGGAGGAUACACAUCACACAACUGAGGAACCCCCCAGUGAACCGCUCACCGCCCCGCGGCAAACCCGAAAGCGCAAAGGCGCGAACGGGCCGCCAGUCUCCGCAGCAGGGGGCAGCGGCGAAUCGGCCAGUGAGCCCCAGGAGGGUGACUCCUCAGAGGGAGCCGCUAACCGUGCCGCGGCCCCUGCCAACCCUGCCGCUAACCUCGCUAACCGUGCGGACAAUGGGAUGCCCCCCCCCAAGAAGCGAAAAAAGGAGGGGUCUGAGCGGCUCCCCGCAGAUGAGCACCACAACGUAGCGCGCAUAAACGACUACGUGGUGCACGUGAACAGCCUAUUCAGCCUCUUCUUCAAGAACUACAAGCCCAUGUUGAGCGAUGUGAAGAUCUAUGCGUUUUAUGGCAACCUAUUGGGGCUGUUUUCCUACGUGCAUGACUACAUAGGGUACGUGGAAGAGCUGGCAGAGAGGUGCCGAUCGAAUGGGGGGGGCAGUUCCCCCAGCAGCUUCGACUCCGUGGUGAAGAACCUGACCACCCUGAAGGGCCUUAUAAAGAAACAGAUCACCAUCAGUUUGGACAGCAUAACGAAGGGGUAUUUUAAAAGUGUAUAUGCAUCCUACCUGGGGAGCAAGGAGGAGCUAAAAGUGAAUUACUCAUUUUUUAAUUUCCAGGAAAAUGAAAAACUGUUGGAAGUGAUCUACAUCAUGCUGCAUAGGGUGUCCAACGAAAAGGCGAGCUUCCGAUUCGAUCCUCAUGGGGAGAAGCUCACCUGCCCAUCGGUCAGUCUCCAUAAGAGUAAAAAAGACAAACUGAUUUGCUUCUUCAAAAGUGAGCACAGUUACGAUGAGAAGCACCCCUUUUUGGGGGUUAGUAAAAUUAGGGGGUGCUUAAAAGCCUUGGCAACCAUCAUCAAAUAUUUGCUUCUGAAACAACCCAGCGCGAACUUAGCCCAUGUGCAGACCUAUUUCACCCUGUUUUUGUUAAUCCCCCAUUUUGAGUUGACUCUAUAUGGUGAGCACAUCAAAGGGGAGUACUCCCAGCUUUUUCAUUUUGCCCCUUCGCGGAAGGAAAAGACGCAGCGCGGCGUUAACUGCUCCGUGGCUGACUCUGAUGCAGAGGCACCAGUGGAGGGGAAGCCCGCUGGGGAAUCCAAACCGACGAUCCACAGAAACGCGGCCAACUACUUCAAAUCGGUGAAGAUAAAAAUCGCUCACUCGGUGUGCCGCUUUGAAAAAGAGCUGUCACUUAACGACCACCAGCAGACGCACAGCAAUGUGCACAUUAUUGCUGACUACUUGAAAGUGAUUUACAAAUUUUUAAAAUACCUUAAUGGAAGGAGCAACGCGAGAAAGGACCCCUUCCUCUUCGUCAAUUUUACCUACUGCCUGAAAUACACCUUUGAUUGCUUAACCAACGCAUAUUUUGAGUUAACCCGGACGAAGCUGAAGAGCGCCUUGAGGGAGUGCUCCUCUACGGGGGGGUCUUCUCUUCCCCCCUCUGAGAGGUGCCUACGCGAAAGGAUGUACCUCCGGGGGAAACCCCAUUUGGCUCUAUACGAUAAGAAGAUGAGGAAUAUUUUUUGCACCUACCCACGGGGGAGAGCUCCCCAUUUGGAAGAGACCACCCUAGAGAGAGACAACCGGAGUGAUCGAGGAGAAGCCCCAACCUGCCUGCUUCUCCCACUGAAGCGAAACGGAAGGGAAAGGAAAAAACUGAUGGGCUAUUUAGUCUAUUUAAUAUACGUCAGCCAGGUGAACCUCCUGACGGUCAUCCACUUCGACGUCACCUUGAGGACGCUCAUCUUCUCCGCGCUGUUCAGCUUCGGGAAGGCGCUCAUCCCCCACGCGGGGAGCCACCUCGCUGGGAGCGUGAACAUCGGUGGCCCCUCCCAUGUUGACCCCCCCCACGUGGACAGCUUCGCGAGCCGCACCCUGCGGACCGUGAUGACCAAGUACGUGGAGAUAUUCGGGGUGAAGGGGCUCCUCAAAUUUCUUCACUACUACACCGUUGGGCGUGCAGAUGCGCAGCAGGGCCAGUCCCUCAGGAGCAUCCACUUUUUGCAAAACAGCGUUGUAAUGGAGGUCUUUAAAGCCAGCGUGGGAAAGUGGGUCGACCAGGCCCCCUCCAUCCUGGGGUACUUCAUCGAGGUGUAUACCUACCAUGUGACAAAGUUGGGCCAAACAGUAGAAGGCAUAAUACAAUUAAGAGAAGGUGGUGGGGGGGAAGAUCCUCGGAACGUUUUGCUUAACAGCUGUGCAUCCCAAAAGGGGGAGAACUCCUCCCCCCACAGGGGUCACUCCCUGGCGAGUUACCUAUCGAUUGUGCAAAAUGUAGAAACGCUAGAGUACAUCAUUUGUUGCUUCUUAAAGGCUAUUCCGAAGAGGGACAUAACCCACGGGUUGCUCACCUACGUGAAGGAAAUUGCAAGUGUGCACAUGGCGAAGCUGAAGAAUGAAAUGACCUUUCAUAACAAAACGGGGGAGGUCAAUUUUGUCCACACCAAUUUUGCCCAAACGAAUUUUGCCCAUUCCUCCUCCAAAUAUUACAUCCUCUUUUUUUUCAACUAUAGUGUAUGCAGAGUGGCUAUGUAUGCCCUGCUCCAUGGGGAAGUGAAAACUGAGCAGCUGUUGGGCCAUCCCGCUAUCCAGCACAUCGUCGCAAUGCUGCAGAGCUGCUUCCCCACCGUCGAGCCCAUGUUUGACCUCUGCGUGCGGGAGGACUCCUUGCACGCGUUCUUCUGCAUCCUGCAGAUGGUUCUGCAGACGCUUUUCUUCUUCCUCUCCCUGGCGGAGCUGCGCGUCGUAGACCCGGACCGCCUGGCCGAGCACCUCAACCAAGUGCUCCGCGUCAUGAAGAAGAACGCCCUGGCGGAGUACCCCUACUCGGUGAAGAAAAAAAUCUGCCGACAGAUCGCCAACUUCUUCAUCUACAACCACGCAUGGCUAGCCACCACCUUCAGAGGAAGGGAAAAAACCGUAGACUCCAUUUACCAAGAAUUCACAAAACUGCUCUUCGUUGAUAUUGCCAUCAUGAAGAACGAACAGAGCUACGACUUCCUCUUUGACUAUCUUUUUAUCAUACGGGAGAACCAAAUUGUGUGUAAUUUGCUGAAGGAGCUGUUUUCGCUGCACUUUAUUUUGAUUUUGGGAAACUGGGAGAAGGGCCCGCAUCAUCCGAAGUUGGGAGGAACGGGGAGAGCUUCCCCUGACGAAGGGGGAGUGCCCCCCGAAGAGGAAGCCCUUUUGUCCUACCGCGCACGAGCCCUAGUCCGAAGGAACAGAGCCCUCUCAAGUGACAGCCACAAAUGGUACGAAAUGCUCAACUUGAAAAAAAAAUUGGGAUCCCCCAAUGAGGGCAACUUGCGUAGAGGCUCCAUCUACCAAUUUGAUGAAAGCAGAAUGAUGAGCGUGUUUUCUCGCAAGGGGAAGAAUAACCAGUCGGCUGUCUCCUCGUUUAGAAGUAAUCCCAAUAGGGAGGACACGGACACCCCCAAUGUAGACGUAUGCAUUUUGAGUAACCUCUUCCCAUUAUUCAAUGGCAUAGAAAACGUGCAAGACAGCCUCUACACCCUCCUUUGCAAAAUCUGUGGCAACUUCUCCAACUAUAAUGCCUAUUGUGAGCAUAUACUGGCCAACAUCUUGAUGUCCUUCUGUGAAAACCUGGGGGGAAAGGAGAGCCCCCAGCUGGGCCUCAGCGACUUCCACCACUUUGUGAAGCUCUCCUUCCAACUGCUUCAGAAGCAGAAGGAGUACCUCACGAGUGGCGUCUUUAGGACCAGCAGAAACGCCCUUCUCCUGAAGCUCCUCUUCCACAUCUUCUUCCUCUGCAUCAACGGGUGGACGGCCGACUCGCGCGCGGAGAAGGAGAAGAAGGAGAAGACGCAGGUGGAGGGGGGCGCCACUGAUGUGAAGACCGGCACAGAUGAGCGGACCACCACCGAUGUGCAAACCACCACCGAUGUGAAGAACCUCCCGAGCGAGACGCCGCCAAAACGUGAGAGGAAGAAAAAAGCCGGGGGAGCCCCCCAGGGGAAGGCCAAAAAGGUGAAAAACUGCUUCGUCUUUUUUAUCAAGUACUUUCUCCUCAUGCACAAAUUGAUCGUGUCCAAGGGGGAGGAAGAAGGAGCCACUGCAACCCUAAGCGAUGACGACGUGGCCUACUUGACGAAUCAUAUGCAGGGGGGGGGCGGCCGAAGCGUCGGCAGUGAGGAGGUGCACAGCGGCCCGACGGACGCGGCCGAAAGGAACGACAUCUCUGCCAUGCUGAGCAAACUGAAGGAUUUCCUUCACAGGAUUUUGAGCGGCGGAGGGGAUGCCGCAAAGGUUGGCAUUACCGCUGCUAGUAACGCUGCCACCCGCCCUUCCACCGCGACCCCCCUGAACGCACUGUUCCUCGAGCUGGUCGAGCACGUGUUCGUGUCCUUCCUGCUGAAGCACAACUUCUGGGAAGAGACCAACGGCGCAGCCGUCGUCCAGGUGGUGGACGCGCUCAGGGGGCUCCACGUGGAGGACGUGCUCCGCUCAGCCGAUGAGAAGCACACGACGUUUGCCUACAGCAUCCUCGCUUUGAAGAUUUUUAACGUCGCCAAAAAAAGAGAAAUAAGCACUACCGCCAAUGAGGUAAGUGCUGACCAUGGAAAGCGUGACACGCAUGGAAAGCAUGAAACGCAUGGAGCGCAUGAAACGCAUGAAACGCAUGUGGGGGCCGAACCUACAGGGGUGAAGCCAACCGAAGUGACUCCCGCGGACAAACAGAAGAAAAAGCGAGGGAAAGGCUUCAAGAGGAAGAAGGACGAAAUGGCCAUGGACGAAGGGAAACUGAUCCUUUUUUUUAACCUCUUCCUACCAGCGAAGCGGAGCAACGUCCUACAUAACAGUAAUGAGUCAACCACCCCAUGGCAGGAAGAAGCAAAACCGACGUGUGUGCAGCUGUAUGAUUUCCUCUUCCACUACAACAGCAUACUGGCGGAGUGUCCAGAUGAGCAUUCGGUUCACAUCUGCAUAAAAUAUCAAAACGUUAUUAAAAACAUUUGCACACUGUUUAGCUACUCGUCCGAUGAUGUGAAAAACGUUUUGACUUACGUGGAAGGACAAAUAAAGAUGGGGAACUCAGAAGGAGAAGCCGAAAGUUGCCUCUACCAUUUUAACAUGCACAUCAUAACAUUAAUUUAUAUCAUUUCGAACAGUGGGAAGUUUUGCUCGGAGAUAAUUCACCAGAGCAGGAGACCAACCGACUCUUCCUCCUUCAUCAGUUUGUAUCUCCUACUUAUGCAACAUGUGCAGACGUACUUGGAUAGCGAAGUGGUGAUUAGGAGAAGUUCCUCCAUCCUCUUCCUGCUGCUCCACCUGGUUUACAAACUAUCGCAGCUGUUCGUCUUCUUCUUCGUGCGCCUCAAGGCGCAAACGCGGGACGGCAGCUACUCCAACCUCCUCGGAUUCGUAAGCAACUACUGCAGUCUGCUGGUCAAAACGAUGGACUUACUGAAAAACCGCAUACGAAGCAGCAACGACGGCGCUGUGCCAACUCCGAGGAAGGAUUUCAUAACGCACUUUUACAUCCUAAACAACUGUGGCCUCUUCGAGCGGAAGAAGUUUUACCUCUACCUGCUCAGCCACCAGCUCUUCGUCCUGUUAUACGAGUUCUUCAACAUACAGAAAAACGAACUCGUGGUGAAGUCCAAAAGAACGCUAAUCGAAGUGGCCAAGAAGGGAGGAUACGCGAUCAACUUUUUGUGCUCCUACCUGGACUCCAUUCUGUACCUCGACAGCAGAAUGAACAAACUGCUGCUCAGGAACGCCAACUUCCUCGUCACCUUCCUGCGAAGCAACAAGGGCAGCCUGAACUUACCCCCAAUAGCCUUCCCCCUUGUAAUCAAAAUUGUGGACAUGUACGAAUUCAUUUCGAAGAGGGGGUCCACGGGAGAGGAGGAAUACGAAGAGAAAAAAUUUCUCAAAGGCAUUUUUCAGACCACCUUGUCCCUACUGGAAAAUAGCUCCAUUCAGUUUUGCUACACAUCCUUAACAGAUCGGAAGAGGGAAAUCUUCAACGCCCUGUCCGGGUAGCCUUGCGCGGCUGUUCCCGCGGGCUUUCCGCAAAAAUAAAAUGCUGCCUGACCUGUUCAUAAAAAAAAAAAAAAAAAAAAAUACCCCAAUUUUAUGUGUGUUUGUUGCCCGUUUGGCGCUGGCUGCGGAUUCUUCUCAAAAUGAUUGAAGUGUGCGUCCACUUCGCGCUUUCGCAUUUUCGCGUUUUCGCUUUUUUCGCUUUUUCGCUUUAACUGGAUAAACAUCCACGGGAGUCUCCGCUCGCCCGACGCUGCCUGCGAAGGAGGGGGCGAAAGGCAUAUGUGUGCAACUACGCCCCUGACCCGCGCAGCUGGGAAGGCGUCCCCAAUAAGCAACACCAUUUUUACAAAAUGAAAAAAGGCAUGAGG